AUGGCAGCCCAACAAUCCGAUAACGUAGCCCAUGCCCUGAGUGGUGCGGGAGGGGGGAUCUUAUCCAUGGCCCUGACAUAUCCCCUCAUCACCCUUUCCACCCGCGCACAGGUUGAAGCAAAACGUGCCGACUCCAACUUCCUCGACACCGUGAAGCGUAUCAUUGAGCGGGAAGGAGUGACAGGUCUCUAUGCAGGACUUGAUUCAGCACUCUUCGGCAUUAGCGUCACCAAUUUCGUAUAUUACUAUUGGUACGAAUGGACUCGCGCUGGAUUCGAGAAGGCGGCCAUCAAGGCGGGCCGAGCUUCAAAGAAGCUGACAACGGUUGAGUCGAUGAUUGCUGGCGCCCUUGCCGGAUCUGCCACCGUCAUGCUCACGAACCCUAUUUGGGUCAUCAAUACUCGCAUGACUACAAGAAAGCGGAGCGAGGAUACUGAUGACAAGAGCGUCUUGCCUGGGGCCCCGCCUGCUAAAGUGCCAUCAACGGUUGGCACCCUCCUUGCUCUGCUUAAGGAGGAGGGCCCACAGGCCCUGUUCUCUGGUGUCGUACCAGCUUUGGUGCUGGUCAUCAACCCCAUCCUGCAAUAUACCAUCUUCGAGCAGUUGAAGAAUUCAAUGGAGAAGAAGAAGAGGAUUACACCUACCGUUGCGUUCCUACUGGGCGCAUUGGGCAAGUUGUUCGCGACCAGCAUCACUUACCCAUAUAUCACGGUUAAGAGCCAGAUGCAUGUAGCUGGACGCGAUGGCGGCAAGGAGAAUAUGCUUGAUUCGAUGAGGAGGAUUAUUAAGGAUGAGGGAUAUGUUGGUCUGUACAAGGGUAUUGGACCAAAGGUUUCACAGAGUGUGUUGACUGCUGCAUUUUUGUUCGCCUUCAAGGAUGUUCUGUAUGAACAGACAAUCAAGCUCCGCAGAAAGGUGGCAGCAUAG